AUGUCGGGAGGCGAGAUAUCAACCGCCGCUGGCGGUAGCAACAACGCCAGUGAAUUCAGCGAGAAAUUUACCCGAUCGAUCCUCCCUAAGCACUUCAAGCAUAGCAAUAUGUCCAGUUUCAUUCGGCAAUUGAACAAGUACGAUUUUCACAAAGUAAAACCAUCAAGCGAUAGCGAAUCGUCCAACCCAGGCGGAAAUGUAUUAGAGUUCAAGCACCCGGACUUUCGCGCCGACAGCAAGGAUGGCCUUGAUAACAUUCGUCGGAAGACUCCCGCGACCAGAAAAUCCCAGGUCACCGAGGACUUUACCACAAGCCAACAUGUCGGUGUCGUAUCAGAACAGUUAACCGCCACGCAACAGCAGGUCCAGCAACUCCAGGAGCUGUUUGCCGAAGUAUCCCAGACCAACCGCCUGCUCGUGAACGAGGUCAUGACUUUGCAAAAGAUGUUGAAUGCCCAGAAGCAGGCACAGUACGAGAUGCUCAAUUACCUCUCCCUCUGCGAUAGGGGGAGUCGAGGCUUGGUGGGACAGCCGAUAAACUCGAGUGGCUCCAACGAGGUCGAAGAAGGCGUGCCGGAACUGCGCAGGGCGCGAGAACUUUUGGCUAGUGUGAUGCCCGAUACCGUAUCCGACCGAGAACUCGAGCGUCUUCAUGGCAUAUACGCCACCCCGUCUGAAUCUGCCGCUUUAAUCACACCCGUCACCAUGCCUCCCAUGCACGACCCCAUGACGAACCUCAGUCGGUAUCCCGUCUACCCGGUGGGGCAGACUGUCGGUAUUGAUCCCUUUCAACCUGACCACAUUCACAAAAUUCCAUUCGCGAUUCCGAUUGAAGCAACCCCGAGCACUACCACUACCACCAUGUCCGGCGAGGCGACCAUUUCAGCACCUUCAUCCAUCUCUACCGUUCCGGCGAAAACUGAGCCCAGCAGCACAGACCGAUCUGCGCCGAUGUGGGGUCCGAAAAAGCCGCAAGUUUUCCUCGUCGAGGAUGACCCGACUUGCGCCAAGAUCGGUAUCAAGUUUUUGAAGUCGAUGGGUUGCGAAGUCGAGCAUGCUCUGGAUGGCGCCGACGCCUUCGUCCGUGUUAGCAAUGUAAGCCGGGAUCAUUUCGACUUGAUGUUCAUGGACAUUAUCAUGCCUCGUCUCGAUGGUGUUUCGGCAACCCUGUAUAUUCGCCAACAUUGUCCCACGACUCCCAUUAUCGCGAUGACCUCGAACAUCAGGCCUGAAGAGGUUAAUGGAUACUUUGAACAUGGCAUGAACGGGGUACUGGCAAAACCUUUUACUAAAGAAGGAAUGCUCAAGUCAGUCAGGACGCAUUUAGCUCAUCUUCUUGAGAACCCCCCGGAGCAGCCAGAAGCUGCUGGAUUUAUCAUGGGCAAUGUUCCUUACAUAGGUGCCGCUCCCCCAUCGCUCAAGUUUGAGUCCAGCACGCCGCCCGGAGGUGGCGGCUCAGGCUGGUCCCCAGGUCAGAUGGGCCAGAGCAACGUUGACCAAUGGAACGGCAUAAUGAACGGGGGAAACCAAUACAGCAUAGGCCGGUCGAAUUUCCCAACCUCGGAUCACGAUAGCCCACCCGAAAAGCGUCCAAGACUCGAUAUCCCACAAGCCAACUAUGGGUGA